AUACAGAGCUAUUUGUUCUUUAUAUGGGAGGGAGUGGUGAGGAGGACAAAAGAGGCCAAAUUGAGUGCUGUCAGACACAGAGGCAGCAUGCUGCAUCCUGUGAAGAAGGACCGGAUCAUUACUCAGUUCCCAAAGUGUUUUAGUCCAAAUGCAGCACUGCAAACCAAAGACAGUUUCCAUCCUCAGGUGAAGGCCGUCUGUGAGACACAGAAGACAGCUGCAGGGAGUAUUAACAUGGCCAAAGUUAUCGUCGUGGGUGAUGUUGCUGUUGGGAAAACGUGUCUUGUGAGCAGGUUCUGUAAGGGUGAGUUUUAUAAGAAUUACAAGGCCACGGUUGGGGUGGAUUUUGAGUUGGAGCGAUUUGAGGUGCUCGGAGUUCCCUUCAAUUUACAGCUGUGGGAUACAGCAGGUCAGGAGCGCUUCAAGUGCAUCGCCUCUACAUAUUACAGAGGAGCACAAGCCAUCAUAGUGGUGUUUGACUUAAGCAGCGUUACCUCUCUGACACACGCCAGGCAGUGGCUCGGGGAUGCUAUGAAGGAAAAUGACCCAUCCAGCGUUUUACUAUUUCUUGUUGGUACCAAGAAGGACCUCAGUUCUCCUGAUCGUCUGGCUCAGAUUGAGCAGGAGGCCAUCAAACUGUCAGAGGAAAUCAGAGCAGAGUACUGGGCUGUGUCUGCCAAGUCAGGACAUGGUGUCAGGGAUUUAUUCUUCCGCAUGGCUGCACUGACAUUUGAGGCCAGCGUUCUGUCUGAGGUUGAGAAAAGUGGGUCACGGCGUGUCGAGGACAUUAUCAGGAUUACAGAGGAGACUCAACACAAACGAAACAAGAAGAAGCCUACCUGUUGCUGACAGAGAAAGACCAUCUGG